GAGGGCAGAGUACUCCUGGCCAAGGGGACAGCAAAAGCCAGUGCUUCCUGGUGGGAGGAGCCUGCUGUGGUGGAGGAACAGUACCGGAGGGCCUGUGGCUGGCGUGGAGUCGAGGAAGAGCAGGAGGGGACAGGUGGAGGAGGGCAGCAAGGGCCUCAUAGGCCAGCCUCUGGCUUCCCUGAAUGAUGGGAUGGCUGAUUCUGACCCUGGGGAAAGAAACUAUGACAACAUGCUGAAAAUGCUGUCAGACCUAAAUAAAGACUUGGAAAAGCUAUUGGAAGAGAUGGAAAAAAUCUCAGUGCAGGCCACGUGGAUGGCCUACGACAUGGUGGUGAUGCGCACCAACCCCACGCUGGCGGAGUCCAUGCGGCGGCUGGAGGACGCCUUCCUCAACUGCAAGGAGGAGAUGGAGAAGAACUGGCAGGAGCUGCUCAGUGAGACCAAGCGCAAGCAGUAGCCCCCACUCGCCACCCAGCCGCACCACAGCGCACAGAAGCUUCACAGAGGGAGGGCGACCCCAGUGCACGGCCUUUGGCGCAGAACUUACUUCUCAGUAAACCUAUUUUCAAGCACAGCCCGAGGACCCUUUCUGUCCCACCAGCUGCACAUCAGUCCUUGUGAACAACACAUGAGAAGUGCAAGAUGCU